CACAUGCCACAAGCACAGAGGGUCUCCACAGCCGUGUACCCUGUGUGUCACGAGCGUGUGGGCCCUCAGCAGCCGUGCACCCCCCGUGCUACAAGCGCAGGGCAGCUGGGCUCUCGGCAGCCGUGUGCGCACGUGUCAUGAGCACGUGCGGCCUCAGCCACCCUUCGCCCACGUGUCACGAACGUGCCGGGUCUCAGCAGCCACGCACCCACGUGUCACGAGACGGGGGCGUCCCAGCAGCCCCGUGGACACGUAGCAUGAACACGCAAGGUCUCAGCCGUCCUUCCUCGUCCCUCCAUGGGCACAGGGCUCCGUAGCCAGCCACUGUCCCCGGGGAGCUGGCAGGCUGUCCCUGUGCUGUCUCGGGAAGGCUGAGUGUCCCCAGACACGGUGCCUGUGUCCUCCCCUGCCCCCGCCGCCCCUGGGGGGCCCCACGGCCGGCAGCGACCUCUGUUCCCAGCCAAGGCUGGCUGCGGGUGCCCACGGCGUCACGUGGAGCGGGCACCAGCGGGGCCGCCAGAGCCACCGGAGCUCAGCCGGGAGCGGCCGCAGCGCCGGACGGAGGGAUGGACGGACGGAUGGACAGCUCCGGCAGGUGGCUGGGAGCCCCCCUGGAGCAGCUGCCCACGCCGGCGCUGACCGUGGACCAGGCGACGGUGCGGCGCAACGCCGAGCGCAUGCGGGAGCGCUGCCGGGCCCUCGGCCUCCGCCUGCGCCCCCACGUCAAAACCCACAAGACGCUAGAAGGGGCCGCGUUGGCGACGGGCGGCACCCGCCGGGGCAUCGUGGUCUCCACCUUGGCCGAAGCUCGGUUCUUCGCGGCGGGGGGCUUCGAUGACAUCCUCUACGCCUACCCGCUGCCGGGGGGGCGGCUGGAGGAGUGCGCCGCCCUGGCCCAGCGCCUCCAAGCCUUCCAGCUCCUCCUCGACAGCCCCCAGGCCCUGGCCCUCCUGCGCCAGCGCCCGCUGCCCCACGGCAAGCGCUGGCUCGUCUGGCUCAAGCUCGACUGUGGGAACGGCAGGGCCGGCGUGCGCCCCACGGACCCCGGUGCCGUGACCCUGGCGCGGGCCAUCGCCGAGGAGGCGCCGCAGGAGGUGACCCUCGUGGGGGUCUACGCUCACUGCGGGGACACCUACGGCUGCCGCGACGUCCCGGCCGUCCAAGUCAUCGCCCGGGCCACCACCGCCGCCGUGCUCGACUUCGUCACCGCGCUGCGGCGGGCGGGUGUGCCGUGUCCCCAGGCCAGCGUCGGCUCCACGCCGUCCUGCAGCCACCCGGUGCCGGAGAUGGCCCAGCUCACCGAGCUCCACCCGGGCAACUACCUCUUCUACGACCUUCAGCAGACCCUGCUGGGUUCCUGUCGCCCCGAGGACGUGGCCGUCCGUGUCCUCACCAGGGUCAUCGGUCACUACCCGCACCGCAGCCAGCUGCUGGUGGACUGCGGGUGGGCCGCCCUCAGCCUCCACGGCUGGGACAAGGCACCCGUGGGCUGUGCCGCCAUCGAGGGGCACCCUCAGCUCAGGCUGGUGGGGCUGACGCAGGAGCACGGGCAGGUGGAAGCCGUCGACGGACAGUUGGAUUUCGAGCGCUUCCCGCUGGGCAGCAUCCUGGCGCUCAUCCCCUUCCAUGCCUGCGCCACCGCUGCCAUGCACCCCGUCUACUACGUCCACGCCGGGGGGAAGGUGGUGGAGCUCUGGCACCCCGUCCGCGGCUGGUAGGGAGGAGAGCAGGGAGCCCACGCCGGGGUGCUGCAGCCACGCCACGACCCUGCGCCCACGCCGAGGCUGUGCACCCACACCAAGAGGGUGCACCCACACCAGGCUGUGGGUACCAAGGCCACGUACCCACAUCAGGACGCUGCACCCGCGCCAAGGUCCUGCACCCAUGUCGGGGUGCUGCACCCGCACCAAGAAGCUGCACCCAUACUGGGGUCCUGCGCCCACGCCGAGGUCCUGCUCCCACACCAGCGUCUUGCACCCACGCCAGGGUCCUGCACCGAUACCAAGACCU